ACGUUCUUUCAGGCCCGGCGCCUGGGAAGGGCAGGUCAAAGAGACAAAUUAAAAACCUAAAAGGCUCAGCUGUCAGAUUUUGAGAGGAGGCAGAAGCAGCAGAAUGGAAAUCUCACAGACUUCAGUGAAGUUGUCAGUUAUACCCACGUAUAUGAGAAAUCCAUGCUGCAGUGCCAAGCUAAGCCUCCAUUGAGUUUAAAAAGCCAUCUCAGUGUUACUUCCAGAAAUAGUGUCAACCACCACUGUUGAACACUGCGCCAGUCUCCUAGGCUUGCCUUGAUGCGCUCAGUACCAUGAUCCGUUACCUCUAUCAUCCAAAUUUUUGCGCCGAGUCAUUUCCAGAUGAAAUGACACAUUGCCUACAUUUUUGACUGGUUAAAUAACUAAAAUCUUUUUCAGUAAGGCUUUGCAUUCCAUUAAAACUAGCCCGCUUCCCCUGCAAAAUUCCAGCCCAGAACCCAGCUUCCGGGAGGUUUUCCCCACUUUAACUCCACCCGCGCUCCCUGGAUCCUAUUACUGUAACUGGGGUAUUUCCUGCAGUGAUAAACUGACUUCCGUUUAUAAUGCUCUGCUACUUUCCGCAAUUACAUUACAGCAAUAGGGGAGAGGCCAGGAGUCCUUGCGACGAGAAUGGGCUCCUCUGAAACGAAGGUGGGGAUCAGCACUAGGGGCAGGAGGAGAACCAAGGGUCAUUCCAGAAAGAUGAGGAUAUUUAGUAUCUUUAUAUUCAUGGCCUACGAUUAUUUGCUGAAAGCAUUUACUAUCACAGUCACCAAGGACCUAUACAUGGUAGAAUAUGGCAGCAAUGUGACACUGGAAUGUAAAUUCCCAGUAGGAAAACAAUUAGACUUGCUUGCAUUAAUUGUUUACUGGAAAAUGGAGGAUAAGAAAAUUAUUCAAUUUGUGAAUGGAAAGGAAGACCUGAAGGUUCAGCACAGUAGCUACAACCAGAGGGCCCAACUGUUGAAGGACCAGCUGGGAAAGGCUGCACUUGAGAUCACAGAUGUGAAACUGCAGGAUACGGGGGUUUACUGUUGCUUGAUCAGCUGUGGUGGUGCCGACUACAAGAGGAUUACUUUGAAAGUCAAUGGUAAGAAUUAUUAUAGAGAAAGAGGCACAACAUUUAUUAAAACCAUAUCCCACUGUGAAUGCAUGAAAUUGUCUACUAGAAGAGUCAAUACUGAGUGGCAAGUCCUGAGUGGCAAAACCACCAUCACCAAUUCCAAAAGGGAAGAGAAGCUUUUCAAUGUGACCAGCACACUGAGAACCAACACAACAGCUAAUGAGAUUUUCUACUGUACUUUUCGAAGAUCAGGUCUUGAGGAAAACAGUACAGCUGAGUUGGUCAUCCCAGAACCACUUCUGGUUCCAGGAAAUAAGAGGAUUCACUGGGUGACUCUGGGAGCUGUCUUUUUUUUCCUUGGUGUAGCCCUGACAGUCAUCAUCUACCUAAAAAGAGAUGUGAAACUAAUGGAUGUGGAGAAAUGUGGCACCCAAGAUACAAACUCAAGGAAACAAAAUGAUACACAAUUUGAGGAGACGUAACCCAGUACUGAAUCUUCUGACCUUAAAGCAGGGAUUCUCAGCCUGUGGUUUGAGCUUGCCAGGGCUAAGCAUGACCAGAGGAUUGCAGUGGGCCAAUGGGCUACAGGUGAUGUAUGACUUAAAAGGCCCAGGCACUGAAAAUGGAAGGUGGGAAAAAAGAGGAGAACAACGCAAGGAGAACAAAGGGCAUCCUGGAAGGAAACCUCAGGUACUUCAGAAUGACUGGGAGAUUCACUGGCGCAUGUGAAAGGGAGAAAGGACACUUCUGAAUGAUGAGCCUCCAUGCAAAUUGUCCAUUGUUCAUCCUAGGAAAGCAAGUUGAGAUUCCCUGAUUUAAUUGUCAGUUCCUGCAGAAGUGCCCUUUGUCUUCACUCAGUGUCUUGAUUUCUCUUCUGUGUGAUCAAGAGUCUCAGUGUUGCAGCAGUAUUUAAGUAUGUUUUUACUAUUUAUUUUGAGUCUGGGGUCUUGUCAUGUGAGUGUGGUUGUGAAAGGUUUCUUUUGAAGACACAGUAGAAGUUAAAAUUUUUCUUAAAACUAAACUUAGUGACUUGUGUGCGUACUGUAAAAUGUAUAGUAUUUGUAAGGUGCUUGGUAUUCCUUAUGGCUGUCAGUACAUAGGAGGUAUAGAGAACAAGCCAUUGGUUUGCAUAGGAUAUUACUUUAUUUAAUCCACUGGUACUUUGGUUGACUUGAAUAAUCUUAUCCUUAGACCUUAAUUGUCUCUAUAAUCUUAUUCUCAGACUUCUAUGUAAGAUAUGUUACCACAGUUUCUGUUCCAUUUAAAUACCAGCUUUGCAACUAUAUGUUAUCCUACACACAUAAUCUCAUUUAAUCUCUCUAACAACUGUGUGUGGUAAGCACUAUUAUACCCAUUUCACUGUUGAGGGAGUAGAGAGAUAAAGUAACCCACCCAUGCAGUAAACAGCGGACCUCAGAUUUCCAGGACUGUCACCUGUUUACCUUUUAGAAUACAAUUUACAGCUGUGUUUUACUUUAAGACAUUCAUUAAUUCAGCAAACAUAUAGGUAGUGCCCUUACAUGUCCAUCCCUAUGUCAGCCAGUGAGUCUACAUAUGUGAGCAAGAUAAGGUACCUCCCCUCAAAGAGCUCAUAGUAUAAGGGGAGAUCAAUAAGAAAAUUUAUUAUUACAAUUUAGUGCAGUGUCAUAGGAUAAGGUGUUGGAGGAGAAUGAUGAUGUGAGGAGGAAAGUCUGGUAAUGCUGCCAAAAGGAAGGGCAGUCUGGGUGGCCAGUUAAUGUGUUUCUGGACAGUUGAAAAUACUUAAACAUUUUAAUUAAAAAGCCAUUUAAUUUAUGAUGACAAGUAUUUUUAA